ACAAAGUCUUGGUGAGGUGCUGCCAUUUCAUCCGUCCUCGGUCUCUGCGCCUUUCGCAGAGCUUCCAGCAGCGCUAUGUGGAGCCAGAGCAUCCGGAGGUUCACAACCUCUGUGUUCUGUAGGAGCCACUAUGAGGAGGGCCCUGGGAAGAAUUUGCCAUUUUCAGUGGAAAACAAGUGGUGGUUACUAGCUAAGAUGUGUUUGUACUUUGGAUCUGCAUUUGCUACACCCUUCCUUAUAGCAAGACACCAACUGCUUAAAACAUAAGGAUGUUUCAGUUCAUCCAUUUAACAGAUAUGAAGAGUAUUUUAAGAGGUGCAGCCUCUGGAAAUGGAUCAAACUCGAACUCAUAUGGCAUACUAGAUAUGUUUGUCAAUAAACUUAUGACAUGAAGAAAAAAA